AUGACGUUAACUGAUAUGGUACAAAUAUGUGUCAAGGAAAAUACACUGGACUUCUUUGAACAGCUACUAAACAGUUUACUUAAAAGCAAUGAUCGAACAUUGCUAUUUGCUUCACGACAGAUUGUGGAUACGUUAGUGGAUAACGUUCUUACGUUAGAUUCUAAAAUGGCUUCAGGUGGUGAUGAAGUGAUAAGUAGUGCCGAAGAAAGCACUUCUAUGAAUGCAGCGGCAGCUCAUAAGGAACAUCAAGAACGAAUGCUGGCUUGUCUAUCCACCUUAUCGCUGUUUAGCAAAGCAAAACCAGAUUUGAUGGUCAAACAUGCUGAAACACUACAACCGUAUCUCUCAAUGAAUAUGAACGGACCUGCAGAGCAGCAAGUCAUGAAUCAGGUUAUCAAUAUGUUGGAAAGAGUGGUUCCACUGAUGGAUCAUCCAUCAGAAUCAUUCCUCAAAACACUCGACGAAAGUUUAUAUCAACUAGUAAAAGAUGGUGGUAUGCGUAUCAUUGCUUCAUCGUUAGCCUGUAAUGCGGCUAUAUACAAUAAAUGGAAGAAACGAACUCCAGCCAUUAUUGAAACAUUUUUCAAAUAUUUGAAGUACUUGCAUCAAAUAAAGGAGGAUGUAUUGCGAAAGCAGAGUCCUGGAAUCCCACCAGUGAAGAAACCAAUGGUACUAAGGUCGUUGUUUUCUAUCGGUUUGAUGUCACGCUAUUUCGAUUUGGAUACAAUAUUGGAAAAUGAUGAAGAAGCGAAGAAAUUUCUAGAUGCGAAUGCGUCAGCACUACUACCAUCCUCUCCAUCAACGGAAGUAAAUGAGGAGAAUGAUGAGGAGGAAAAACAAUCUACAAAACCCAACCCUUUUGUUGAAAUGAUUUUUCAAAUUCUGACAACGUUCUGCAGAUAUCGUGAUGGUGAUAUUCGACUAAAGGCUUUGAAUGCUGUUGGGAAUUUCACAGCAACUAAUUCGGAGUACCUGACACGGACGGAGCUGCGGAAUAUGUACAUGACAUUGCUAGGAACUGAUGAUAAAGAGUACUUGGGUUUGAAAAUACAAGCUCUGAAGAAUUUGGAAUUAUUCUUGAGUGCUGAAGAAUCAAAAAUGGUCAAAAAUAACAGUGAAUGGCAUAUGUCAAAAGAAGAACAUGAUUUGAAAGAAAUGGAAUUGGCGAAUUCCGGAUUAGCUUCGGCGAUCAUACAGCUUUACUGGAAUGCAGUGCUGAACUCAUAUUACAACUCAAGUGAUGCUGUGCGAACUGCUGCUGUUCAGGUUGCAAUUCUAACCCUAAGUCAAGGGUUGGUGACACCGGGUUCAUCAAUUCCAACAUUGAUCGCCAUGUCCACUGAUCAAAAUACUCUUGUGCGGAACAAAGUAGAAAAUAUGUUGAGAGAUAUCGAUUCAAAAUAUGCUGGCAUGGUUCCGAGUAAGGCAGUAGCAGGUAUACGAUGCUCAUUUCGUUUGCAUAUGAUCAUAAAGAAGGACCCGGAAUCUGUCCUCCGUGGUAUUCGAGUCUGUGAUCAGACAGUAACUGCCGCAGGUUCUGUUGAGAACCCCAAAUUGAUAAACGGAGUGCCGAAAAUGACGAAUGAUGGACAAGCAUUACUGAGUGGACUCUAUCAAAAUCUUCGCGGUAAUCGGCAACAGCGAAGAAGCUUUUUAUCUUCUGUUCUCCGAUUAUUUUCCGAGGAUUCCCGAGAGAAACUGACAUUGGAAGAAUGGCUGUUCGUCGCGGAUAAUUUGGCAAUGUUUCCAUAUCAGGUGAUAGAUGAGCCAUUAUAUGUUAUCCGUCGAAUAGAAUCCAUUGUUUCUAUAAGUGGGCAAAAUAUAAUCAAUAAUUUUAUGGGGCAACUUCUUCCUCGACCAAACAAUGUAGAAAAUGACGACGAAGCUGAAUACGCGCCCGAGCUUAUCUAUAGACGAUUUCCGGAAGAUAAGAGUAUGCUUCACGAAUGUAUGAAGAACAGUCAAGCAUGUUUCAUAUUACUCUAUCUGAAAAAUUUCUUGAUGAAACUUUAUGGAUUUAGUGAUGCAAAAAUACAGGAGUAUAGUCCAUCGGAAGCAGCUAAAGUUUAUGAAAAAGCUGUUAGUAGUCGGCGUAAUAUGUUGAUGUUCAAUCCACAUUCAGCGCUUCAAGAACUUCGUCCUGAAGCAGCCCAGAAACGUGACACGGUUAAUGGUCAUAUCGAAAUGGCUAAUCAAAUUGUAGCUUUCCGAAACAUGUUGCUUUCGUUAGAUCGUGAUAAUGGCGAUGAGCAUGAUGGAACAGAUGCUACAGGAAUCAUAGAAACAACAAAAGACACUAUUAAUACUAUAAUGGAAGAUGAGGAUCACGAUAUGCAUAUGGCUGAUAAUAUUUCUGAAGCCACUAAUCUUAGUGAAGCUGAUGGUAGAUCUGCUUGAAGA